ACACUUUAGGCCAGAAGAAGAGUAGGGUUCAAUUAAACCAGCCGGGCCCCACUUCCCCACCACUAGCCUUUCCUUCUCCAAAAUUUAGAAGGCUUUCUAUUUUCCUUCAGAGAUAACAAUGGUUCAUGGUUAUCCUUACUUCGAGCCUGACUUUGUGCAUCCCUCAGAAUACAUCCCUCCACUCGAGGUUUGUAUUGAUAAUGAAACGUCCGAAGAUGUUACUCUUAUCAAGAUCAAUGGUGCAAAAAUGCACAACAUUCUUCUCAAAAUAGUUCAAAUUCUAAGUGAUUUGGAUCUUAUCAUCUCCAAAUCAAAUAUUUCAUCUCAUGGCGAUUGGUUCAUGCAUGUCUUCCAUGUCACUAAUCAACAUGGUCAUAAACUCAAUGAGCCCACCCUUAUAUGCUACAUACAACAUUCUCUCAAUAUUACCCAAAAAAAAGAUGGAGCUUCUGACCCACCGUAUGUAAAAAUCAGUCAUGGGAUGAUAGUGAAUUUUAAUCAUUUUGCUGUCAUUGCCCUUGAACUUUGUUUCCUUGAUCGCCCCAACAUUUUCUCUGAGGUCGUCGAUGUGCUUUCCAAGUACUCUUAUGUAAUUGACUCCGGUGAGCUCUGGACUCACAAUGGUCGUGUCGCUUGUAUCAUUUAUAUAAAGAAACAUGACACAAAUUUACCCAUAUUUUAUCAAGAACGUUUUGACUAUUUGGGAGAUUUCCUAGCAAGUUUGAUGAAAACACAUCACUUUCUUAAAGAGCUAUGGGAGGUGAGACUACGAAAUCCUUUAGCAUGUCGGAUCCACACAGAGCGGCGACUACACCAGCUAUUGCAAGAAUAUAAAGAUUAUGAGAUAGCCGACAAAGAUAAUACAACAGAAUGUCCAUCUCAGGUAUCAAUUGAGAGCUGGAAGGAGAGAGAUUGUUUGGUUGUUAAUGUGAAGAGUAAGGAUAGACCCAAGCUAAUGUAUGAUACAUUAUGUGCCCUCACGAAUUUAAACUAUGAAGUGUUUCAAGGCUUUACUAGCACCAAAGACUCAGUGGCAGUUCAGGUAUUUAAUCAACUUUGAUUUUUGAAUCUUUAAUUAUAAAU